GCGGCAUGGCCGCCCGGCGAAGAAGCAGGGGGCGGUCGGCCCCGGGCGGGAGCUCCCCGCUGGCCGGCGGGGCCGAGGGCGGGCCGCCGCUGCUGCACGUCGCCGAGGCGGUGCAGGCAGAAGAUGACAAAAUCCCCAAGAUGUUCCGGAGAGCCCUGGCGCAGCUGUCUCUGAACAGUAUGAAGGCCGCCAACAUCUGCAUCGGUCGCCCGGUGCUGCUCACGGCGGCGGGAGGAAAGCAGGAGGUCUGCACUGCCUGGCCCACUUCAGGCUUCCCAGGUGGGAAGAUUGGGCUGAGUGACACCACACAGAAGAGCCUGAGAGUCAGUGUGGGUGAUGCCAUCACCGUACAGCCCGUGACUGGUGCGGUCAUCCAAGCAGAGGAAGUUGCUGUGAAGAUGAGGGAUAAAGAUGCCUGCAUUAAUGCUGAGGAAAUGUCAGUCUGUCUGCUGAGAAACUUAGAUGGGAAAGUUGUUUUACCAGAAAAUCUCCUGGCAUUCAGUUUCUAUGGCAAACUGUGUAAUGUGCUGGUGAUGAAGGUGAAGGGGACGGACAGUCUGGAGCUGCAUGCCCAGGCUGGUGCCAUUUCCAGCGAGAUGUGUGAGCCAGACCUGGAGAAAUCUGACUUGGAGAUGAGUGCACUGGAUCUGUCCUUACAGCUCAGCAGGAUGGACAUUGAUGAAGAUCCAGAGGCUGCAUCUGCGAGCACUCCAUGCAAACCGGUGUGUCUGGGUUCACCAGUUACUCCCAGUUCUGCUGUGACAGCUGCUGCUCAAGGUUCUCAGGGAGAUGAAGCCUGCAGCAGAGAGGGUACUGCAGACUUGGCUGCUGGUUUGGAGCUGCCUGGGAAAGAAGGCAGUGAGAGGCUUCCAUCGGCUGCCAAACCUGGAGCAUUCAGCAGCACAGACACUUUUUAUUACAUUUCUUCAAGAACUAGAAUCAAUUUUAUAGAAACUAGGACGAACAUAGAAGAAGAUAGUGACCAUGGACCCCAAGUUACCUAUGACAUGAUAGGAGGUUUAAGCAGCCAGCUCAAAACUAUUAGAGAAAUGGUUGAACUGCCCCUGAAGCAAGCUGAAUUGUUCAAGAGUUACGGAAUCUCACCUCCUAGAGGAGUCCUGUUGUAUGGCCCUCCAGGUACUGGGAAGACUCUCAUUGCCAAAGCCAUUGCAAGUGAGGUUGGCGCUCACGUAACUGUUAUUAAUGGUCCUGAAAUAAUAAGCAAGUUUUAUGGAGAAUCUGAAUCAAGACUACGUCAGAUAUUUGCCGAAGCUUCUUUGCGUCGUCCUUCUAUUAUAUUUAUAGAUGAAUUGGAUGCACUCUGCCCAAAGAGAGAAGGAGCUCAGAAUGAAGUGGAAAAGAGAGUUGUAGCUUCCUUGCUGACAUUAAUGGAUGGCAUUGGCUCUGAAGGCAGUGAAGGGCAGCUCAUGGUACUGGGGGCCACCAAUCGCCCUCAUGUGCUAGAUGCAGCACUGCGCAGACCCGGCCGUUUUGAUAAAGAAAUAGAAAUAGGAAUUCCUAACGCCCAGGACCGCCUGGACAUACUACAGAAGCUUCUGAAGAAGGUUCCCCAUUCUCUCACGGCAGCAGAGAUGAUGCAACUGGCUGAUAGCGCGCAUGGUUAUGUGGGUGCUGACUUAGCAGCCUUGUGCAAGGAGGCAGGUCUGUACGCGCUGCGGAGAGCUCUGGGGAAGAGAGCUCGCCCCUCAGACACCGAGGUGGCUGGGUCAGUGAUGAUUGCUUUCAAUGACUUCCUGCAGGGGAUGAAGGAUGUCAGGCCCAGCGCCAUGAGGGAGGUGGCAGUCGAUGUGCCAAAAAUAUCUUGGUCAGACAUAGGAGGACUAGAAGAUGUCAAGCUGAAAUUGAAGCAGGCAGUUGAAUGGCCUCUCAAGCAUCCUGACUCCUUCAUCCGAAUGGGGAUUCAGCCUCCAAAAGGUGUGCUGCUUUAUGGACCUCCUGGAUGCUCAAAAACAAUGAUAGCGAAAGCUUUGGCUCAUGAAAGUGGCCUCAACUUCUUGGCAGUGAAGGGACCUGAACUGAUGAAUAAAUAUGUUGGUGAGUCGGAACGAGCAGUGAGAGAGAUCUUUAGGAAAGCCAGAAUGGUGUCUCCUUCGAUUCUUUUCUUUGAUGAAAUAGAUGCCUUGGCAGUUGAAAGGGGAAACUCUUCAGGUGCUGGGAAUGUAGCAGACCGUGUCUUGGCUCAGCUGUUGACGGAAAUGGAUGGGAUAGAGCAGCUGAAGGACGUGACAAUUUUGGCAGCUACAAACAGACCGGACAUGAUAGACAAGGCUUUGCUGAGACCGGGAAGAAUAGACAGAAUUAUCUAUGUGCCUUUGCCAGAUGCAGCCACUCGUGGGGAGAUCUUCAAACUUCAUUUUCGGUCCAUGCCAGUCAGUGAGGAAAUCUGCUUAGCAGAGCUUGUUCAGCACACCCACAAGUAUUCAGGAGCAGAGGCACUGAAACACUCACCGUUGCAACCCUGGUGUCUGUGCAUCCAACAUAAAAUGAGUAGAUGUAAUUCACCGGAGUAAUAACCAUGCACGGAGGGAUCUACCUUUGGCAACAGCAUUGCUUCUUAGGUCUGACUGCUCUGCCUCCCUAGAAUGCAGGCAUGCAAUCUUCUGAUUUUCUUGGGAAACAUGAGCAGCUGGGUACCAUGGGAAGCUCCAAGAGGUAAACUUAGAAACAGUCUGAAAUUCCUCUAGCACUCUGCCAAGGAAAUAGAUACUCCACCAGAGACAUCUCGCACCUUCCAGGAACUGAGAUCCAAUAAAUGAAAAGCAAGGGAGCUCCCAUUAAGGACAUAAUUCAUCUUUCAGUCUAAAAGCACUACGCAACAAAUGUAUUUUCCCACUCCCUGCCUCAAUUCAGGAUAUAUAUGUGUGUGUAAAUAGCCAUACAGAAAAAAACAGAAGGUAUAACAUCCCUUUUAUUCUCAUUAUCCUAUGACUUGUAUGCUUUCUAUCCAACAGAUAGAAACAGAAGGACUACAAAAGAUUUCCUAGAUUUUGUGGCCAGUAUUUUUAGCUGAGUUUGUUUGCAUUUUACUGUACUGUAUUAUGGUAUAGUACAUAGGUACUAUAAAUAUAUUUGCUGUUAACUUGGUAUACCAGAUCCAAAUCAGAAAUAGUAUUUGCCACAGUGGAAGGUCUAAAAACAGGAUGAAAACAGGAUUUCAAAAACCAUGAAAAAGAUUUUUUUUUUUUGGCUUUCUGUUGAGUGGAUUCAGCCAUCUUUUGCUGGUGACAUAAUGUAACAGAAAUGCUACUGGAGCUGAAACAAGUUGAAAGACAGUUCUAGACUGGCUGAGUUCUACUGACAAAAGAAUAAAUAUUUUUAGGGAAGGGAGGACACGUCUCCCAAUUCCUUUUGCUGAAUUGAAUUUAUUUGCUUUGUUUUGAUAGGAGUCUAAGACCUCUGCUGCUCUCCUAGGUUAAACUUAAGAAGGGAAACACUGGCUUAAGAAGCAAAAGCAUUAUUUUUCAAUGCAAGAAAGUUGGAAUAUGCUGAAUGUGUUGCUCAGCCUCAUCAUCUGCAAGAAGCUGAGCAAACAAAAGAGCUAAUUAAUGCCCAUACACUGAUAGGUUUCCUCAGGUAGAAGCUGACAAAUCUGUUCUGUUGUUUUUCUUUUGUUUUGCUUUUCUAGAGAGAAACUUCUGAUGGCUACAGCUAACGAUCUUCUCCAAGUCUUUUAAAUUUUUAGUUGCAUAAUUCAAUCCACCUUGCUAGCGGCAUUCAGCAAAAUAGCAUUGGCUUACUGUGCAGGUCCUCUGUAGUAACAGCAUACUUUGAGUGAGAACACAGUAUUCUGUUAAUUACUUUUAAUUAAAAUGAACACACACACAUAUGUAUGUGUACAUACAGAAAGACUGUUUUUCUAGUGGCUUGGCUUCCUUUUUCUCACUGAAGGGAAGAAGUUAAACUUUCUCAUUAAAUGUUUAUAUAAAAAUGAAAUAAUUCUGAGGUUAACCAGAAAUGCAGCUUAAUCUUGUAUAGAAACAUGUGUGUGAUUCUUUUUUCAGUUGCACAAAUAUAGCUGAAACUUGAAGUUGGCAGAGAGCGCUGUUUAAAAAUAUUUAGUCCCAGCAUGUAAAAACUCGUUUCGUUACGGAAUUCCUUUGUGAAAGGUGUAGCUAUGACAUGUCUCUACCAAAGUGAUGGGAUCCAUAUCGACACAGUACGUUUUGGAAACUAGCUGCAUUUUGGGCUUGUAGUUACAGAAGUUAAAUUGGAAUUUACAUGUUUUAUAUAUUGCUUGGAAGGAUACCACAUCUACUAACAUUUUUAAGAGAGUGGAAAGAAGAAUAAAGAAAGCUUACAGAUGGGUUCGAAGUUUCGCUCUGUUAGAACAUGUUGGGAUGAGUAGAGGUAUGUAUGAUGACACUUACCAUGUACCACUAAAGGCUCUGGUUUAUUCUCACUAGCUGUCAUCAUGUGUUAUAGUUAUGAUACAUAUGCUUAGUUUUGGCGACUUACCUUAUCUUUUCCUUAUUUUUCUCUGUGUGUGUUUGAACUUCAUAGAAUAUUAAGAGCUACUGAUACAUGCGAUAAUAUCUGCUGCCCAGGCACAGCCCUGCUCAGUUUUUGGUCCUGUAGGAGCAGUUACAUGCAGCAUUAUGUGAUCAUUGGUUGCUGCCCCAUGAGAGCACAGGACCAGCGGCAAGCACAGGACCAGUGGCCUGGCUCGGUUCCUCACUGGUGUGCCACGUGCUAUGACCACAGUAGGCAAACAAGCAUGAAGCCCAGCCCCCCUGGCUGAGACCAAGAGGAGGACAUGGUCUCUACGCAGCCCCAGAGUAGCUGUGGCCACCAUGGAAAGAUCCAAGGGGACUGCUGUCCUGCUCAGACUGUGUGUACUCAGGUAGAAUGAAAACUUAAUGUCCCUGGUGCAGAUCAUCAGGUAGGCUCUGUACACAUGCACAUGUAGUGGCAAGUGCAUCAAUCUGUGAAGUUACGCAAAUAAGCACACUGCAGAUUAAACACUAAGUGAAGACUUGAGCCUGUCUAUUCUGAAGUUACCUAUAGUGAUCAUUAAAGGAGCUGGUUUUGUUCAAUUACAUUUCCUUAACGACCUCUCAUAAAAGAAAUCAGGAAUAGCAGAGAUCAUUAGCUCGGUUUGUUGGAUCAGAGACACAAGACACACAUAAUACCUAUCCUUUUUAUUUAAGAAUUACAAAGGUGCUUGCUUCUUCCUCUCUCUUUUAAAGUAACUGUCCAACAUCGACUCAUAUUAAAUGUCUUUUUAAUAAACAAGGAAGAAGGAAGCCUAUCUUUCUGUAAGAACAUAAUAUUUGAAUACAGUGUUUCAUUGCAGAGAAUGGUUUCAAUACGAAUAGGAGCAGUGGUCAUGAACACAGAACCAGAAUACAUGUAUGCACUUCAGCUUCAGGAAAACAUUUAAUAAUGUUUUAAAACAUAGUUGCUUAGAGAUCAGAGAAGCCUCUGUCUCACUGGGGUGCUUACAUGGCCAGUGAGUGCUUUGCACACUUGCUUUUUUCUAGCAUUGCUGUAGCAGGUUAUGAAAGUUGUGUAAAGAGACAACCAGUUCUUAAGUCAAUUCCCUGCAAAGCUCCAGUGAUGGGUGCAGCACGAGUCUUCGGAGUGAAUGGGUACUGUAUGAAAAGUAUUGCACUAAUAUAUUUCAUUGUCUUCCAUUUAGAAGAUGUGAUUUUCCAUUUUCAGGAUGAUCGAACACAGAACCCAUCUGAUUUAAAUCUACAGAUCACAGAGUGAGUGGAAGGAAGAGGUGCCCAUAUAGGGGUAAUUCUGUUGUUCAAAGAUGAGAUGAAAAUUUAUCACGGGGCAAUCAAUUAUUUCCUAGUGUUGGAAGCUUGUUCUCCUAAACAGAGCAAGAUUUGUAGUGGGCUGUAAGGAUUAAUCUUCUCAGAGAAGAAAGGCAUGUUAUCCUGUAUUUCCUAUUUUAUAUAUAAACAGGAAAGCUGAAACAUGAGAGAAAUACAAAAUUGAAGACUUUUUGAAAUGCAUCAAAAGUCUACCUCUCAACACUUAAAAAUCACUCAAUUUUGUCCCCUGUUUUCAAGGGGAAUAAAAUGGCAAUUAUGGCAUCUUAAGACAGCAUUUUUAUCUCCAAAGCAGCAUCUUGUAUGCAAACAUUAUCUGGGGCAUGCCUUGCUGCCAGUGUCAUGCUGUGAUACCCCAACUGCUCUGCCCAUCAGAAGCAGCAUGAUGCUGUUAGAACAGUAACCCAGUGGUCAGCCAGCAUCUGGAUUGCUUUCCCAGUGGUCUGGUGGUUUGUGCCUGGUAUGAAAGGCCCAACCUCGUGCCUGCACCUACACUAGAGGCUGUGGCCAGCAGUGGGUUGUGUCUGCACAGAGGGUCACAGAGUGGGCUGCGGUGCCGCUCCCCACCACGGAGGGACCCAGUGGGGCCAGCAGUCCCCUCAUGGGACCACACUGGGGGUCAGCGCCCACCUCGGGGCCCAGCAGCCUGCCCUGGUGCCACGGAGCAGCUCGCAGGUAGCCUCCUGCAGGGCAGCACGCCGUGUCGUGCUAUUCACAGUCCACGGCACCAUUCUGCUUCCAGCCUCCUAAUCCCUCUUACACACAAUCCCUUACAACUUUAACUGGUGGGGUGGAGGAGUGAAUUAAAAAGGAAGGAAAAAGGAAUGAAACACAAUGUGCAGGCAGUGUCUGCCAGGGACUGUGUGCACAAUUGACACCAGCUGCAGCCCAAUUAAAGCCGACAUUCACAGGUGUUCCCCGCA